AACCAUUUCACGCUUGGCUGAGCGGUUGCUCUUUUUAAUUUGCUCAUGCAUCCGUGAAGAGGCGCCCCUCCGCACGUUCGCCGUCUCCUUUCAUCGAUGGAUGUCCCUAAAGUCAGCGAUGAGCAGCAACUCGACGUUGUUCGCGCGGUAAAGGACAUCACUUUUGGUAGUAUUGCUGGGAUGGUUGCAAAAGUUUUUGAGCACCCUUUCGAUUUAUGCAAAGUCAGACUGCAGAGCCAAGUGCUCGAUGAGACUCCUCGAUUCAAUGGACCAAUAGACUGUUUAUACAAGACUUGGAAGUAUGAAGGGUUUCGUGGAUUAUACAGGGGCUUGCCACCGCCCGUUGUUGGCGCAGCAGCGGAGAAUGCAGUUCUUUUCCUUACUUACAAUAACAUACGACGAUCCCUCGCAUGGAUGGACCCGUCACCGAUUAAUGACCCUUCCAAGAUGCCUUUAUCUCAUACCUUAAUAGCUGCUGGCGGCGCUGGUGCUGUGACAAGUUUCGUCUCAAGUGGCAGUGCGGGACUCCCACUGCCGACAGUUCAAAUGUCCUCACUUCCAGGCCCGAUUGAGAUUCUUCGCUCGAUCACGAGAACAGAAGGCAUCCGUGGCUUAUGGUUGGGCCAUACGGGAACAUUGAUUCGUGAAACCGGUGGCGGUGUCGCAUGGUUCGGCAUCAAAGAGCUUGUUGCUAGAUCACUCGUUGCGCGUCAUGCGCCCAAUAAGGAGACAAGUUCCGCUGAACCGCAUUUAAAAUCUUGGGAAUCGGCCCUUGCAGGCGCAUGCGCGGGCGUCGGGUAUACUGUCUUGCUUUUCCCCGCUGAUUACAGAGGAGAGUUGAGACCUCGAGCCCCACCGAAGUACGCGGAGUCUACCCCGCCAAAGUCCACCUUCACUGGCGUAUUUAAGGAGAUCUAUCGGACUAGAGGGCUUAAAGGUCUAUAUGCUGGUUGUGGAGUUACAGUUUGUCGGAGUGCGCCUAGCAGUGCGCUUAUCUUUUUGGUUUACGAUGCACUAGAGAAACAUUUUGGCCAGCAGUAAUAGAAUGUAUGAUGUGGGUG